AUGCCCAAGAAACACUCCAAAUCAACAACUUCCAAGCCGCAUUCUACCGUCCAUCCAUCUCUUACGUCUCGCGCGAGUUCACAGACGAAGAGUAGUGACUCAGGGACCAAAAAUUGGCAGUCUGUAAACGACCUCAUCCAUCACCUCCGUCGCACACAGGUUUCGAGACAUGAUAGGGUUGCUGCGAGUCCGUCGCGGUUGGCUCCCAGAUCAGUCCAUCCAUCGAUAAGGAAUCUGCUGGAGCUGCCUGAAACUCUUCCACCACGCCCGCGUCCUGGUACUCCUGCCGUUGGUGAGCGGAGGGUUCGGAGAACACCCGGGCCCGUUGCGCCUCCAAGUUGGCUACUCCCAAAUGAUGUCCCGAACAACCAAGAUUCUGAAGAUAGAUACAAAGUUACUAACGAUGGCACCCGGCUCCGUCGUUUACCAGGCAUACCCUUCCCAGUUGAGGGUAGCUUACAACAUAUGAUUUUGAAAUCCAUGGCCAUCAACUGGGAUUUCCAUCUUCUAUUCGAUGGCGUAUUUCUAUCCGAACUUCCGACAUCAAUGAAGCAGCUGCUUCUGAGUUACGUUUCCACAUAUACAGACCAUGCAUCGAUGGAGGUGGGGAUGCACGGGUUGAAACCAUUGUUCUUGGACAGUUCAGACGAUAGCAUUAUCGAAACCAACCCAGAUAUCACCCGUCUAGAUCUAGGUUCCUGUCUAGGCCACUGGAUGACCUUUAAGCAGUUGGUGCGAGAAGUAAAAGGGACGGAUCGACAUGAAUCUCCCUUCCAAAUGAGGAAAAACGAAGACACGGCCUUGCCGUCCUGGGACGAAGAAAUGAGGACCGCUAUCCCCUUAAAACCAACCCAGCUCUCCCAACAGCGUUUUUCAAACCUUAAGUUCCUAUCCCUCGCCAACCCCAACCCCCGCGAAGCCAGAUGGUCUUCCUUGCUAAACCUCCUCUCCCACCUGUCCACGAUAACUCAUUUGUCCCUCGCAUUCUGGCCAAUCCCAACCGUAACCCCAAACUCUCUCACAGCGAGUGUGGGACAUCCAAAGUUCAAUUCCCUCUCCUUUGCUUACGGCGGGACAGACAUGUAUUCCGCCUUCGAAAACAACUGGGUCGAAGCCGCUGGUGUUCUCCGCAGGUUCUCUAAAACAACAUAUUGUCUCAAAUGGCUGGAUCUUGAAGGCUGCAGUGAUUGGAUCCCAGCUCUAAGCUGGAAUGGGAUUGAUUUGGAAGGAAAUUUCCAUGCUGCAGCCGGGCCGGAGUGGACUGGGGCGUGGAGAGGCCUUGAAUGGCUAGGUAUUGGCCCGGGAUGGUUUCCGGAUAUAUCUGACGUCGAAGGCUCCUAUCUUAUCUACGAAAGGGAUAAAACCCUGCUAAGAGAUAUCGAGACAGGGCGUCAUGACUCUUCCCUGCCUGGAAUUUCUGGAAUUGAAGACAAGAGGGCGCGGAUAAGGGAGAGAGACGAGUAUCGGAAGCUCAUUGAGCGUGCGGUUGAGGUGAAGAAGCAGGUGCAUGCGAUUAGGAGGGCAGGAGGUGGAAAGUGGCUAGAGAUUUCCCUCGGUUUGGAAAAUGAGGAUGAACUUAGGAUGCGAGUAUGUGAGGAUGUGGGUGGGUGA